AUGGACAAAGAAUACCCCGGAGCCCUGAGCUCCCUCUUAAUCCAGGCCAUUGGCUUCAUGUUUAUGGGAUAUUAUUUUAUCUUGACAGUAAUAAGUGGUCAAUUUUUCAAAAAGCCAACAGCAGAGUACAGGUCUGAAUUGACGCUAGCUCGAGAUCGUUUCUGGAAUCUAUCGAAGAAACCAUUCGAUCUGCAUCAUCGAUUCUUGACUCUGCGCGAUGGCUUCAAAUUUCAUUACGUCACGAACGCCAUUCCAGAUCCUGAGACUCCUGCAUCAAAACCGCUGGUCAUCUUUGUGCAUGGCUUCCCCGAUAGCUGGGUCGUUUGGCGCUCUGUCAUGGCAUCAACCUGGCUUCGCGAAUCAAGCAAUUUGGUGGCUCUAGACUUGCCGGGUUACGGGGGCUCGGAUUUGCUUAAGCGGUAUUCUGCGACAGAGGUGCUCGAGAAGAUGACGGAAUUCAUUAUUUCAUUGCGAGAAGCUUAUGGCAUCGAUAAUCCAGCGAGCACUGGUGCGCAGCAGCGAGUGAUCAUUGUUGCUCAUGAUUGGGGGUGCGUUAUUUCUAUGCGUCUGGCAGCGGAUGCGCCGCAACUGGCGGAUCGAUUCAUUCUCACUAAUGGACCUUUGAUUUCUCUCGUUCGAUCCAAUGUUAAGCGACUCAUUUCAUCUUCUGUCAAGAUGCUAAAGCUAUUUUACCGGUCUCCUUUACGGUCACGGCCAAUGCUGAGGAAAGCACUGCAAACAAUGAAUCCCAUCAUUCGACAAGCUGUAGCUUCGGGCUACAUAUUUGCAUUACAGCUGGCACUCCCCAUAGUGCGUAUUCAAGGAAGCGGUGGCAACACUGCCCUCUUACGAGCAAUCCACAGAAUGGCUCAUGGUGUAAACACUACACCCUCUGCCAAAGAAAUCGCCGAAGGAGUGGCAGGCUGUCUGGGACCUUCACUCAAACAAGAACCUACGGAAACAUCCACUUCUGAAAGAUAUUCCAAGGAUGUCGUAAAACAGUCCGACGCAGAAAAGUUCGUCAGCAUGACCCAUUACUACAGACAUGGAACGAGUUUAGGUCGCUGGAAAAAGUCCCUCGAAACCAUCACAGGACUCUACAGCAUCAGCGACGGAGGUGAAAUAGGACGCAAGACCAGCCAUGCCGGCGUCUUCGACGAAGGUCCCGAAGGUUCAUUAAAAGCCAAAGCCACGAUUGUCUGGGGCAUGGAGGAUGUUGCUCUAAAUGCGCAUCUCAAUCUUGAUGGAAUCGCGGAUUAUCUUAGUAGGGACAGUCAAGUUGUUACGCUACCAAGAGCGGGACAUCAUACGCCUGUUGAGAAGGAGAGUCUGGUUGCUUUACAGAAGGUUGUUGAGUGGGCUGUAGCUGGGGAAGAGGGUGAUGUGGGUUCGAUUGCAAACGCUGUCUAUCCUGGGGCAACAGUGACAGUUAGAAUUUGA